AAGUGAGCGGAAGUGAUCCGCUUGCAUGGAGAGUUUUACAACUGCCGCAUCCGAGUUCAUUUCUGUCUUGUUUACUUGUUUUUGGUAAAACAAACAUUCUUUUUAGAAGUAAAUAGGAUUUGUAUUUCUCUGAGAACUCGCCGACGUUCUUCAAAAGAUUCUUGAAUUUACGUAUAUUUACGAGCUGAGUGGCAUAAAAACUACGUUUAGUUGUUUGUCUGAAUGGCCACAGCAUCCGAGGAGCCUCCAGGUAUUCAGGAUGCAUCUGGAAACCGUAAAAAUGUCCCCUCAGAGGGUCAGAGCAUCGGCAUGUCUCAGGCCAUGAAAAAAACCAUUGGCCAUCGUGGAAUUGACCCCACAGGAGAGACAACAUACAAAAAGACAAGAUCUUCUGCCCUGAAAGGUGCGAUCCAGCUGGGCAUCACUCACACGGUGGGCAGCUUGAGCCAAAAACCUGAACGAGAUGUGUUGCUGCAGGACUUUGAGGUGGUGGAGAGCAUCUUCUUUCCCAACGAGGGCAGUAACCUGACACCCGCCCACCACUAUGGAGACUUCAGAUUCAAAACCUACGCGCCUGUGGCCUUUCGUUACUUCAGAGAGUUGUUUGGCAUCCGCCCCGAUGACUACAUGUAUUCGCUGUGUAACGAGUCACUGAUUGAGCUCUCAAGCUCCGGGGCCAGCGGGUCUCUGUUUUACCUCUCUAGUGAUGACGAGUUCAUCAUUAAAACGGUGCAGCACAAAGAGGCGGAGUUUUUACAAAAACUUCUGCCGGGGUACUUUAUGAACCUGAACCAGAACAGGAGGACCUUACUGCCAAAGUUUUACGGGCUGUACUGCGUCCAGGCAGCCGGUAAAAAUAUUCGAAUCGUUGUCAUGAACAAUCUGCUGCCCAGCCCCGUGCAAAUGCACCAGAAGUUUGAUCUGAAAGGCUCCACGUAUAAACGACGAGCUUCGCCCAAGGAGAAGGAAAAGGCUGUGCCCACCUACAAGGACCUGGACUUUAUUCAGGACAUGCAGGAAGGAAUUUUGCUGGAGGGAGACAAGUACAGCGCUGUUUGUAAAACCAUCCAGAGAGACUGUUUGCUCCUUCAGAGUUUCAAGAUAAUGGACUACAGCCUCCUGGUGGGAAUCCAUAAUGUGGAUCAGGCCUGUCGAGCACAGGCUAGUGAAGAAGCCGAAGCUACAAGGAGGCCUCAGGUUCAAAAGUCCCUGUUCAGCACGGCUAUCGAGGCCAUCCAGGCUGAGUCAGGAGGAGUGGGAUCUAUGGAUCCAGAGGACCAGACUGGGGGAAUUCCGGCACGGAACGCAAAAGGCGAGAGGCUGCUGGUGUACAUGGGUAUUAUCGACAUUCUGCAGUCUUAUAGGUUUGUAAAGAAGCUUGAACAUUCCUGGAAAGCCCUGGUGCAUGAUGGGGACACCGUGUCGGUGCACAGACCCAGUUUCUAUGCAGAUAGAUUUCAGAAGUUCAUGUGCUCCACAGUCUUCAGAAAAAUGCCCACAAAAACCUCCCCGACUAAGAAGCGCAGAGCCAAUGGUCUGUUGAGAAAAACGCCCAGCUCUGGGCUGACCCAAACUGACACCAGCAACCAGAUGUUUCCACUCCAACAUCUGUUCAGCUCAGACACCGUAGAGGAUGCGGAGGUAAACAAAGUAAUGCAGUCAGGUCGACCUGACAUCCUCCCACUGAUGCCAUCGCCUUGCAACACCGAGGACGACACUCCAGGAUCCUCCGCUUCUUCCUCCCAGGUCAACUCAGGAUUCACUCCCACAACUCAUCCUCCAUCUAGCCCUGAGGAGGCUUCAGUGGGAGUGGGUGGAAAUCAGGCAACACUCAGAGAGCUGGAGCAGAGCACCCCCGAGAGAGCUCAGUCUGCUCUUGAUGAAAGCAUCAGUGCCAAGGAUCUCCCUUAGCGACGUGAUUUCUCAUGUAAGCAAAAGAUCUGCACGUAGACCACAGGCUCCCCCCUGACUCUGCUGUUUUUUAUAAGCAGACCUGUUUGGUUUGCAGGUGUAGAUGUGGAAAAGUGAACUGAACUCGUAGGCUUAAAUGACAGCCUUUGUGUUAUUUGAGGUACCAUGACCAAUAACGUCUUGUAGGAUAUCAGUGAUAACAGGUGGGGUGUUAUAUAUUUGCUCCUGUUCUUUGCACUUUUGAUUAUUUCCAAACAAGUGUGUUUUGACACUGUUAAAUGUGAGUACGUUGUUGAGGUGGGUGGUAAACACUACCGUUCAUUCUAUAGGAGUGCCUGUAUUCACAACUAUGUUCAUUAUUACGGUUCUCUGCUCUGAUGUGAUCAUUUAAAGCAGUUUCACGCGGGGGCUUCGCCUUGUUUGCGUGUAGAAAUUGUAAUUAAUUUUCUUGUUUUUGUCCAGUUUCGGACACGGUUCCUUUUUGCGUUUACUACAUUACUGUUGCACAUUUUCUUUGAAACUUUAUUCAUCACCAUUAUACUGUUUGUAAAAUAUUGGUGCAUAUGGAUUCUUGGCUGUUUGUUUAUAUUAUCGAAUUGAACAUUCCAUCACUGCCAUCUGGUCCAGAAUGGAUCAAAAUUGGACUAAAGGACAGAAAUCAGGAAUGUUUUAUGUAUGUAUGUGUGUGUGUAAAAUAACUGUAGUAGGGAGGGAGUGAGGAUGAUGCCUCAAAAAUGCUUCUUAUUUCUUAAAAGCGGUCAUUUUUUAAAUCUUUUCAAACUAGAAAGUGUCAAGCUGCCACCUAGUGGCCAUGGGCGACAUUGCAGGUUCUUCCACUGGCUUCUGAUGCAAGAUGACUACAUCUAUCUUUUAUGUAGAGUUUAUACACUUUAAUGUUGUUUUCCUUUUAUGUUUAAUUAUUAAACAGUCUUUUAAAAAUAGGGGUUGGUGUUCAAGAAAUUACUAUUUGUUUUUGAUACAACGCUGUAAUGUGAUUUUUCUAUGAUUGCCAGAAAUGUCCACAAUGCUGGAAAAAAGAUGGGACUUUGAUUUUUAUUUGACCACAUUUACUAAUGGACCUUUACUGCUUUAGCUACUGUGAAUUCUAACGUCUAAUGCUAAGAACAAAGCAAUAUUUUAAAAGAAAGUUUGUUUGUUUUUAUACCUCUAUGAUCAAAUGUGGCUUGCAGGUGGCGAUUAAGCACCACAACAAAGAAUAAACGAGGUGCAUUUGACGAAAUAAGACUACUGAGUUUGUUAGCAGUGUUAAGACUUAAUCUAGUCUUUUUUGCCUGAUGAGGACGUUUAAACUAGGCGUUGAUCAAACCUACAAGGAGGAGUUUGUGUGACGACGAGUACCAAAGAGCAUGAAAUGACGUUGUAGCAGGCUGGCACAAUCAAUUUUCAUUAUUAUUAUUGAUUCUAACAAGGAUCUGAUGUGGUUGGUAUUACGUACUUCAUCUGAUUGUAUACUUGGCAUUACACAAAGUUAUGGAUGGAGUUUGAUAAUGAUCCAGAUUCAAAUCACUUUUUCUUUCUUUUAUUCUUUUUUUAAUCUGUCUUUUGCAGAAGCAUGCAGCUAUAAACACCACUUGUUUAUGAUAUUUGAAAUAAUGUUUGCAGUCUAAUCAACUUCUUAUGUCUGUGAAAUAUCAUUUCUAAUUAAAAUGUAUUGUCACAGGA